AUGCCGUCUUCAAUCGGCGACCGGUUGUACGAACUGAUGCGGCGACCGUCGGAGGAGAGGCAAAAGUAUCGCGUGAUUCCACCAAAAGUGAGUUUGGGGAUGAAAUUUGAGGAUGGAUUUUACGGCGGCGACGAGCACGCGGGAAGGCAAGGAAGAGAACGCGGUGGUGGUGGUAGUGGUAGCAGUAGUGUGAGAAUCGAAACGGAUACGAUGGGGGAGGUGGAAGUUCCAGCGGAAGCGUUGUAUGGCGCGCAAACGCAAAGGAGUUUGGAGAAUUUCCGAAUUGGUGGUGAAAAGAUGCCGUUCGCGUUGGUGCACGCGUUGGGGAUGGUGAAACACGCCGCGGCGACGGUGAACGAGAGAGACGGGAAUUUAGACCCGAAAAUUGCGGAUGCGAUUCGGCAGGCGUCGUUGGAAGUUAUAUCCGGGAAGUUUGAUCGGUAUCAUUUCCCGUUGGUCGUCUGGCAAACCGGGAGCGGGACGCAAACGAACAUGAACGUAAACGAGGUGAUUUCAAAUCGAGCGACGGAGUUGUUAGGAGGGAAGUUUGGGUCAAAGUUAGUCCACCCGAACGAUCACGUGAACAUGAGUCAAAGCUCGAACGAUUCGUUUCCAACCGCCAUGAGCGUUGCCACGGCGUACGAGGUGUACGAAAAGUUGAUUCCAAAUUUACAGUUGUUGUACCAAGACGUCAAACAGAAAAGCGAGGAGUGGAAGGAUAUCGUGAAGAUUGGGCGGACGCAUUUACAAGACGCGGUACCGAUUACGUUAGGGCAGGAGUUUUCCGGAUACGCGCAACAGAUUAAGAACGCGUUGAUACGCGUGAGAGCAUCGUUGGUGCACUUGUUGGAAUUGGCCAUCGGCGGAUCGGCGGUUGGCACCGGGUUGAACACGUCCGCGAAUUACGCCGAGGAUAUGGCGAAAGAGAUUUCCAAGUUGACUGGAUUACCGUUUGUUUCCGCACCGAACAAAUUUGAAGCGUUAGCUGCGCACGACGCGCAGGUGGCGUUGAGCGGGAUGUUGAAAACAGUCGCGUUGAGUCUUUCAAAAAUAGCCAACGACGUGCGAUUGUUAGGAUCUGGGCCGAGAGCUGGAUUAGGGGAGUUGUAUUUGCCGGAGAACGAGCCAGGGAGUUCGAUUAUGCCCGGAAAGGUCAAUCCAACGCAGUGUGAGGCGUUGAUGAUGGUGUGCGCGCAAGUUAUUGGUAACGAUUGCGCCAUCUCCGCCGGGAACUCUAUGUUGUCGCAUUUUGAAUUAAACGUCGCGAAACCAUUAAUUGUGUAUAAUAACUUACAAUCGGUGGAACUGUUAGCAGAUGCGAGUAAAAGUUUCGCGGAGAGAUGCGUUCGUGGGAUCCAACCGAACCAUCAAGCGAUACAGAAGCAUUUGGAAAGUUCGCUCAUGCUCGUGACCGCGUUGAAUACGAAAAUCGGUUACGACAAGGCGGCAAAGAUUGCGAAGAAAGCGUUCAAGGACGGGACGACGUUGAAAGAAGCGGCGUUGGCGUUAGGGUUAGUCAGCGAGGAAGACUUCGAUACGAUUGUCAAUCCGAGGGAGAUGAUUGGACCAAAUAUUGUCGCGCGAUCGAAACUUUAA